ACCUUCACGGCCUGGUGCAACUCGCACCUGCGCAAGGCCGGCACGCAGAUCGAGAACAUCGAGGAGGAUUUCCGCAACGGCCUCAAGCUCAUGCUGCUGCUCGAGGUCAUCUCUGGCGAGCGGCUGCCCAAGCCGGACAAGGGCAAGAUGCGCUUCCACAAGAUCGCCAACGUCAACAAGGCGCUGGACUUCAUCGCCAGCAAAGGGGUGAAGCUGGUGUCCAUCGGGGCCGAGGAGAUCGUGGACGGGAACCUCAAGAUGACGCUGGGGAUGAUCUGGACCAUCAUCCUGCGCUUCGCCAUCCAGGACAUCUCC